AAGGAAAAAGUAAAAAAGGCAUUUUUGGGGAAGCUUUUGAAAUAUGUGUGUGAAUAUCAGGUUGAAGGUGACAUACACACACAUAAUCUUUCUCUAAGUUGAGGAUUGCAGUAAAGUGUAUUGUGGUGUUGAGGAAAGCAAAGCUUUGGUGGUUCUAACUUUAUUCUACUACUUCCUUUUGAGGUGACUUUUCAUGACUUAACAAUUUUGUUUCCUACAGUGUCUUGACUGGUUUCAUUUCUCUAGGAAAUAAGAAUCCCGGGAGCUCCUUUUUUAUUUUCAAGGAUCUUCAUGGCUUGUUUUGGAGCUUUUAUUGAUGAAACUUAUCCCACAUUUGAAGGCUUCUGUGUUGGAUUUCAGAGCUCCUAUACAUGAUCCUGUUUUGUUUUAAUUUACCCAAACUUUCCUAUUCACUUUAGAACCUCUUGUGCAGUCUUGAAGAGGGAAUAAGAAAUGUCUGAAAAUAACUUGUGCAAGGCAGAAUUCAGCACUUACCAGUAGAAAUUUUGUGUUUCACACUUCGAAAUGGCAUUACUACCUCCUCCUCCACCUGGCACUCGGAGACCUGAAUUAGAAUGCUAAUGGUUAACAAGAAAAGCAACAGUUUUUUUUUUUUUUUUGCGGCACUUUUCCUGUGGCCAAAGGACUACUUCAAUUUAAUAUACUGUAUUGUUAAAAUGUAAGAGCUUAAUUAGUUUUGGACAUUGCCCAUGUUUGUUAAAUUUUACCAAUAAAUCUUAAUUGUAUCUUUUUUUUUAGUGAACUCAUAUCUUUUCUCUCAACCUAUAGAAAUACAACAGACCUUCAUAUUUGGCAAGGAGUCUACUGAUGAGUUUUUUCAUCAGUAUGCUUAUAAAACAACCUCUUUCAAUAAAACUGUUUUAUAACCUCAGAUAAUACAUAGAAGGGUGUGUGUUGGUCCUCUGGGGCCUUUGUGCCCUGCCUGCAAAUGCAAGUUCUGGGUUGACUGAUCACAUGUUUGGGGGUGGGACCCUGCCUGCUGUUUGUUCUUGGUGAUAUAACUAGGUCUCUUCCCCGAGAGAGGGGUGGAGAUCUUUCCCUGUUGCGGACUUUGGGGUUGAGAACCUUUAGAUCCCAAGCAUUUUAAAAUUGACUCAGUAGAUUCCAAUGGCUCAGUUUAAAUAAUAAUUUUCUUUAAUAGUGUGGCUCGUUUAAAACAGUUGGAAGAGUUUUGCUUAUUAAAAUGAUUUGAUUUAAUUUAAGCCCAGUCUUGGAAUUCUGAAUUAGGGAUUCCAACAAUAACAUUGUUUUAAUUAUUCUGUAAACAACUACAAAUAUGUUGUCUUCUCGUGUUCCUUUAGACUGCAGUGCAAAGGACUGUUUUUGGGGGGACCGGCCCUUCUUUGGAAGCAGCAGCCAUCCUGCAAACCUUAUUGUUUGAUGACCUUUUCCAUCAGGAAUGCCCCAGGAAACAGUUUCAUAAUUGUUUUUCUUAAGUCUCAAGUGAAGUUUGUGAUAUGUCCUUUCAAGUUACUUUUGGUUAGUUCCUUAAGUUUACUUUGUUUUUAAUUGGAAGCUCCACCUUUUUAACUUUGUCAUGAAUUGUCAGUGCUGAGUUCCUGGUAGUUGGUAAAAAGAAUUGCCUUCUCUCUGAUAUCCUGUUCUGCAGGAAGUCCUUGUGGUUUAGAUUCACAGUUUCUCAUUGUUGCUGGCUACACUUGUCUCCUCCCUCCUAUCCUUCCCUCCCCACAGCUCUAGCUUCUUUCUAGCUCCCCAUUCUUGUAUCACUUGCCCCACAGAUACCCUCGUGAUUAGAGGUCUUUUGCUGGAGGUUGACUGUGCUGUCUGCUCUCUGACACAGCUGGCUAUUCUAGUCCCAGAAGAGAGAGGAGAGACUUGCUGAAGAUCUGGAUGAGACAAUAGAAGUUUGGGGCACAUUAAAAAGAAGGAGCAAGAACAUCAACAAAAACCUCAGAUGAUUCAAACAGGCUUCUUCUUGGCUUUGUGGAACCUUUUGCAGUUGCUCAGAAUUUGAGUUUUUGCUUCAGAGGAUGAUGGGACAAGGCAAUAAAGGGCGAGGAGGGUUAUGUUGGAUUCUUGCUUAUCUGUCUACCUCUCCUUCCAGUUGGAAAAAUCUUCAGUCCAUAAGAAGCAUUAUCAACAAGCUUGAAGAACACAUCUUACCCUGAUCCUGGAUGCUGCUGGAGUUGAGAAUUACACCCACUUCACCAGGACGUUAUUGAGGCUGUUCAAGAAAAAUAGAAGGAAGCAAUACUUAAGGAUUUCUCUGUUUGCAUUAGUCCUGUGCCAUGUUACAUUUUGGAGAUUGUUUGGAACAAGUGAGGAAGGACUCUGUCAUCUAGAUCUAGGAGGAUACCUGAGUCCCUUGAACUAUGCAGAUGAUAUUUGGAAGGUGGUAAACUCAAAAUCUUCCAACAUAAAUUCACUAAAUUCUGGAUUCCCUUUCCUUUUAGAACUUUAGCAGACAUAAAUUCCUGCCAAAAAGGCACAAAACCUUCUCCGUUUUUUUUUCAGGCUAAAUGUGAACAAUAAUGUCUUGGAAGAGAAAUUAUUUUUCAGGGGGUCGUGGUAGUGUACAAGGGAUGUUUGCACCUCGAAGCUCAACCUCCAUAGCCCCUAGCAAAGGCCUCAGCAAUGAGCCGGGGCAAAACAGCUGCUUCCUCAACAGUGCCCUGCAGGUUUUGUGGCACUUGGAUAUCUUCCGACGUAGCUUUAGGCAGCUUACAACUCACAAGUGCAUGGGAGAUUCCUGCAUCUUUUGUGCUCUCAAGGGAAUCUUUAACCAGUUUCAGUGUAGUAGUGAAAAAGUGCUUCCAUCUGACACUCUCCGCAGUGCUCUGGCAAAGACUUUCCAGGAUGAACAACGUUUCCAGCUGGGAAUUAUGGAUGAUGCUGCAGAGUGCUUUGAAAACCUCCUGAUGAGAAUUCACUUCCACAUUGCUGAUGAAACCAAAGAGGAUAUAUGUACUGCCCAACACUGCAUUUCCCAUCAGAAAUUUGCAAUGACAUUGUUUGAGCAGUGUGUUUGUACUAGCUGUGGUGCCACUUCUGAUCCGCUGCCUUUCAUCCAGAUGGUACAUUAUAUCUCCACCACUUCCCUUUGCAAUCAGGCUAUUUGUAUGCUGGAAAGACGAGAGAAACCUUCACCAAGCAUGUUUGGUGAGCUGCUGCAGAAUGCCAGCACCAUGGGGGAUCUGCGGAACUGUCCAAGCAACUGUGGAGAGAGGAUCAGGAUUCGCCGUGUGUUGAUGAAUGCUCCACAGAUUAUCACGAUUGGGCUGGUAUGGGACUCAGACCACUCAGACUUAGCAGAAGAUGUUAUCCACAGCCUGGGAACCUGCCUUAAGCUGGGUGAUCUGUUUUUCAGAGUGACAGAUGACCGGGCCAAGCAAUCUGAACUGUACUUAGUAGGAAUGAUCUGUUACUAUGGCAAACAUUAUUCUACAUUCUUUUUUCAAACAAAGAUUCGCAAAUGGAUGUAUUUUGAUGAUGCUCAUGUUAAGGAGAUUGGGCCCAAAUGGAAGGAUGUGGUGACCAAAUGCAUCAAGGGGCAUUAUCAGCCCCUGCUGCUGCUUUAUGCAGAUCCCCAGGGUACCCCAGUAUCCACCCAGGACCUGCCUCCCCAAGCUGAGUUCCAUUCAUACAGCAGGACAUGCUACGACAGUGAAGAUUCAGGGAGGGAGCCCUCCAUCUCAAGUGACACUCGAACAGAUUCCUCAACGGAGAGCUAUCCCUACAAACAUUCCCACCAUGAGUCUGUGGUCAGUCACUUCUCUUCUGAUUCUCAGGGGACAGUCAUCUAUAAUGUGGAGAAUGAUUCCAUGUCUCAGAGCAGUCGGGACACAGGACACCUGACUGAUAGUGAAUGUAAUCAGAAACACACGUCCAAGAAAGGGUCACUGAUAGAGCGCAAGAGGAGCUCUGGUCGGGUUAGGAGGAAAGGCGAUGAGCCCCAGGCCUCAGGAUACCACAGUGAAGGAGAAACACUGAAAGAGAAGCAGGCUCCUAGAAAUGCCUCCAAACCAUCCAGCAGCACCAACAGGCUGAGGGAUUUUAAAGAGACAGUCAGCAAUAUGAUCCAUAACAGACCAUCCCUGGCUUCUCAGACCAAUGUAGGCUCCCACUGUGGGGGCAGGGGAGGAGGCCAGCCUGACAAAAAACCUCCUAAGACCCUACCUUUACACUCUCGUGACUGGGAAAUAGAGAGUACCAGCAGUGAGUCAAAAUCCAGUUCUUCCAGCAAGUAUCGUCCAACAUGGAGACCAAAACGAGAAUCUCUGAAUAUUGACAGUAUCUUUAGUAAGGAGAAAAGGAAGCACUGUGGCUAUACCCAGCUUAGCCCCUUUUCUGAGGAUUCAGCUAAAGAAUUUAUACCAGAUGAACCAAGCAAGCCACCUUCUUAUGACAUUAAAUUUGGUGGACCAAGCCCCCAGUACAAGCGCUGGGGCCCAGCACGGCCAGGCUCUCACCUUUUAGAGCAGCACCCCCGACUAAUCCAGCGAAUGGAAUCUGGCUAUGAAAGCAGUGAGAGGAACAGCAGCAGCCCCGUCAGCCUGGAUGCAGCCCUGCCUGAAAGCUCAAAUGUCUACAGGGAUCCAAGUGCUAAGAGAUCAGCUGGGUUGGUUCCUUCCUGGCGUCAUAUCCCAAAGUCGCACAGUAGUAGCAUCCUGGAGGUGGACUCCACAGCAUCCAUGGGUGGCUGGACAAAGAGUCAGCCUUUCUCAGGUGAGGAGAUAUCUUCUAAAAGUGAACUGGAUGAAUUGCAGGAAGAAGUGGCCAGGAGGGCGCAGGAACAGGAACUUCGAAGAAAACGGGAGAAAGAAUUAGAGGCAGCGAAAGGGUUUAACCCUCAUCCUAGCCGCUUCAUGGACUUGGAUGAACUGCAGAAUCAGGGGAGGAGUGACGGCUUUGAGAGGUCCCUGCAAGAGGCAGAGUCAGUAUUUGAAGAGUCACUGCAUCUGGAACAGAAAGGAGACUGUGCUGCAGCUUUGGCUCUCUGUAAUGAAGCUAUCUCUAAACUAAGACUUGCCCUGCAUGGUGCCAGCUGUAGCACGCACAGCAGAGCCCUAGUCGAUAAGAAGUUGCAAAUCAGUAUUCGAAAAGCACGGAGCCUGCAGGAUCGCAUGCAGCAGCAGCAAUCACCACAGCAGCCGUCGCAGCCCUCAGCCUGCCUCCCGUCACAGGCGGGGACUCUCCCUCAGCCAACAAGUGAACAGCCUAUCCCGCUCCAAGUAUUGUUAAGCCAAGAGGCCCAACUGGAACCCGGCACGGAUACAGAGUUUGGGGCCAGUUCUUUCUUCCAUUCACCUGCUUCCUGCCAUGAGUCACACUCAUCACUAUCUCCAGUGUCAUCUGCCCCACAGCACAGCUCCCCCAGUAGAUCUGCCUUGAAGCUUCUGACUUCGGUUGAAGUAGACAACAUUGAACCCUCUGCAUUCCACAGGCAAGGUUUACCUAAAACACCAGGAUGGACUGAGAAGAAUUCUCAUCUUAGUUGGGAGCCAUUGGAUGCCCCAGAGGGUAAGCUGCAAGGCUCUAGGUGUGACAACAGCAGUUGCAGCAAGCUACCUCCACAAGAAGGAAGAGGCAUUGCUCAAGAACAGCUAUUCCAAGAAAAGAGGGACCCUGCUAAUAACCCCUCCCUGGUGAUGCCUGGAAUAGCCACCUCUGAGAGGGGAGAUGAACAUAGCCUAGGCUGUAGUCCUUCAAAUUCAUCAGCUCAGCCCAGCCUUCCCCUGUAUAGAACCUGCCACCCCAUACUGCCUGUUGCUUCUUCAUCUGUGCUUCGCUGUCCUGAUCCUGUGCAGAAAACUAACCAAUGCCUCCAAGGCCAAAGCCUCAAAACUUCAUUGACUUUAAAAGUGGACAGAGGCAGUGAGGAGCCCUACAGGCCAGAGUUUCCCAGCACGAAGGGGCUUGUCCGUUCUCUGGCUGAGCAGUUCCAGAGGAUGCAGGGUGUCUCCAUGAGAGAUAGUACAGGUUUCAAGGAUAGAAGUUUGUCGGGUAGUCUAAGGAAGAACUCUUCCCCUUCUGAUUCUAAGCCUCCUUUCUCACAGGGUCAAGAGAAAGGCCACUGGCCAUGGGCAAAGCAACAAUCCUCUCUGGAGAGUGGGGACAGACCACUUUCCUGGGAAGAGUCCACUGAACAUUCUUCUCUUGCCUUAAACUCUGGGCUGCCUAAUGGUGAAACUUCUAGGGGAGGACAGCCCAGGUUGGCAGAGCCAGACAUACACGAAGAGAAGCCGUUCCAAGUGAGAGAUGCUAGGUCUAAGGAUCUGGGCAGCAGUGCUGACUUGGGGACUUCCUUGCCUUUGGAUUCCUGGGUGAAUGUCACAAGGUUCUGUGAUUCUCAGCCUAAACAUGCGGCCUCUAGGCCAGGAAUGAAGUCCUCCCCUCAUGAUUCCCAUAUGUGUGUAACCUAUCCAGAGAGAAAUCACAUCCUUUUGCAUCCACAUUGGAAUCAAGACACAGAGCAGGAGACCUCAGAAUUGGAGUCUCUGUAUCAGGCCAGUCUUCACGCUUCACAACUUGGCUGUUCUGGAUGGGGGCAGCAGGAUACAGCCUGGCACCCAUUUAGCCAAACAGGCUCUGCAGAUGGCAUGGGGAGGAGGUUGCACUCAGCCCCUGAUCCUGGUCUCUCAAAGACUCCAACAGCAGAAAUGGAGCAGAGUCUCCAUGAAGCCAGAACAGUGUGUACUUCUCAGGCUACACCUUGCCGAGGCCUCAGCAGGGAGUGUGGGGAGGAUGAGCAGUACAGUGCAGAGAACUUACGUCGCAUCUCACGCAGUCUCAGUGGCACCGUUGUCUCAGAGAGGGAGGAAGCUCCAGUUUCUUCCCACAGUUUUGAUUCAUCAAACGUGAGGAAGCCUUUGGAAACCGGGCACCGUUGUUCCAGCUCCUCUUCCCUCCCUGUCAUCCAUGACCCUUCUGUGUUUCUCCUCGGUCCCCAACUCUACCCUCCCCAACCACAGUUCCUGUCCCCAGAUGUCCUGAUGCCCAGCAUGGCAGGGGAGCCCCAUAGACUCCCAGGAACUUCGAGGAGUGUCCAGCAGUUUCUGGCUAUGUGUGACAGGGGUGAAACUUCCCAAGGGGCCAAGUACACAGGAAGGACUUUGAAUUACCAGAGCCUCCCCCAUCGUUCCAGAACAGACACCUCCUGGGCACCCUGGUCAGAGACCAACCAGCAUAUUGGGACCAGAUUCCUGACUACUCCAGGGUGCAAUCCUCAGCUAACCUACACUGCCACACUACCAGAAAGAAGCAAGGGCCUUCAGGUUCCUCACGCUCAGUCCUGGGGUGAUCUUUCCCAUUCACCCUCCCACCCUGCCAUUGUUCAUCCUCUGUACCCACCAUCUGGCAGUCUUCAUGUACCCCGGAGGUCAGAUUGGAAUUCAGAUCCUGUUCCAGGGUCCCGAACCCCUGGUCCUCGAAGAGUAGAUAUGCCCCCAGAUGACGACUGGAGGCAAAGCAGUUAUGCCUCCCGCUCUGGACACAGGAGGACAGUGGGAGAAGGGUUUCUGUUUGUUCUAUCAGAUGCCUCCAGAAGAGAGCAGAUCAGGGCUAAAGUCCUGCAGCACAGUCGAUGGUAAAGGUUACUCCUUUCCUUUCCUGGAGCUACACCUUUCUAUUUAAAACUAUACUGUGGGCCAGGCGCGGUGGCUCACGCCUGUAAUCCCAGCACUUUGGGAGGCUGAGGCGGGUGGAUCACAAGGUCAGGAAACUGAGACCAUCCUGGCCAACAUGGUGAAACCCCGUCUCUACCAAAAUACAAAAAAUUAGCCAGGCGUGAUGGUGCAUGCCUGUAGUCCCAACUACUCGGGAGGCUGAGGCAGGAGAAUUGCUUGAACCCGGGAGGCAGAGGUUGCAGUGAGUUGAGAUCGCACCACUGCACUCCAGCUUGGCAACAGAGUGAGACUCCGUCUCAGAAAACAAAACAAAACAAAACAAACUGUACUGUGGCAGCGUUGGUACCCUGCAUCACUGCCAUGGUUGUGCUAUUCUUAUCUUAACAUAGAAUUGGUGGGUUCUCCUAAGGGUGUCAGGAACCUCUAAAAAGACCUGAUUCUUUGGGAGGGGACAUUUGAAAUUCCAACUUCCAUUCCCCCUAGCAAAAGGAAGCAGCUGCUGUUUAAGGGUUUUAUCUGAGCCACUUUAAAGAUGAAUCCAUGGUAUUACUCUGGAUACCCAUUCCUUAGGAUCUUAAGGUCACAUUUUAUUCCUGGAUGCUUUAUGUCCCCACCUCCACCUGAGCCCUCGUCCUCUGUUCCCUACUAUAUUCCCAACUUCUACUCUUUGUUUUACCCACCUAUCCCUAUUACCUGACCCUUUGUCUUCCCUAUCUCCCAUCCUUGGGGGGACAUGUAGCCCUGUGGUCAUGGUUCUGAUUACAUCAUCAGGGCAGCCCCCUGCCCAGGUAUUAUGGCCUGUCAGCAUUCCUUGUGCCCUCCAAACCUUAGGCCUAGAAUGCGGAGCUGCCAACAUAAUAUCCACCCUUUUGAACAGAUGGAGUCAGGCACACUAACACAGCCUUCUAUCCUCAGCACAGCCAUUAUUACCACUUGCUCAGUUGUUGUUGUGAACCCUCAGAAUCAGCUGAACUAUUUUAGGCCAAACAUACUGUUUUUGUAAAGUAUUUUUCAUUAAUAAAUCUAUAAGAUAGUUCUAUUUAA